AUGGCAACACCCGAACAGAGCGAAAAUGACUCUGCGGAUGGCAAGUUCAGCCAUCUGAGAAGCACCAAAUCCAGUCAUCGUUUGAACCAAAUCGAAAAAAUCAGGGCUCACGGUUCGGCAGGAAAAAGCUCGGUCUUGGAGGGCAUAACUGGCAUACCAUUUCCUCGACAGGAGGGACUUUGUACGAGGUUCCCCACGGAAAUCAUCCUUCGCCAUACAGAAUCCGAGGCUGUCACCACUACCGCCAGUAUCAGGCCUCAUGUUUCACGGGCGCCAGAGGUUCAGCAGGUACUUGCUGCUUACCGCAAGGAAGUUGCCGAUAUGUCAGAGCUUCCUAAUAUUAUCCAAGAUGUCUCACGUUUAAUGAAGAUUCGCGGGUACUCGGAUAACAACGACGGAUAUGCUUUCGCACCCGAUGCCCUUCGUAUAGAGGUGACCGGCCCUAUUGGGAUUCAUCUCAGCGUUGUGGACUUGCCAGGACUCAUAUCCGUGGCAAACGAGGAACAAACUGAAGAAGAUGUGCAGGCCGUUCAUAACAUGGUUAACGGCUAUCUUAAGAAUUCAAGAACAAUAAUUCUUGCUGUUCUCCAGGCAGGGAACGAUAUGGCGAAUCAGCCCAUUAUUAGGCUGGCCAGGACUCAUGAUACUUUGGGUCAACGAACUGUUGGGAUCAUUACGAAACCCGAUUUGAUCAAUCAAGGUGCGGAAGCCAAACUCGCACGCGUGGCUAAAAAUGAAGACAACAUAAAACUGAAACUGGGGUUUUUUCUCGUGAAGAAUCCCAGCCCUUCAGAGCUCAAAGAAGGCUUGACUAUGAAGGAACGCUCUAGUCUUGAGCUACGAUUCUUUUCAAGCUCUCCUUGGGCUGAGCAAAAUCUUGAUACGAGCAGAAUAGGAGCAGAGAAGCUUCGAGUAUUUCUUCAAGACCUUCUUGACACUCAUAUCGAGAGGGAAUUGCCCAAAGUCCGAGAUGAGAUCAAGAAGUUGUUGACGAUGAGGGAAGCUGAGCUAAGAUCCAUGGGAGAUGCUCGGCCUACGGCUGAUCUAAUCAGGAGUUUCCUUACAAGUCUAAGUAUGAGGUUUUACGAACUUUUGCAGGCGGCUCUUGAAGGUCAUUAUCAUAGUAUUGAUGCUGAAUUCUUUUCUCAAACUGAAGACUCAAGAUUGCGAGCCAAUGUGCAGAAAUUGAACACUUCAUUCUCAAGUUACAUGCGAGAUUCCGGCCAAAAGCGAAAAGUAAAGACUGAUAUUGAAUCUGAUGUUUCGGAGACUGUAUCUGAAAAUGAGACACCUGGGUCUGAUGUCACAGACAAUCACGAACGGGCGAGCGAAGAAGGCCAGAUCCUGGUAAGCAACGCGGAGAUGAUGCAGUGGGUAAAACAGAUUUAUAUACGCACCAGAGGGAGAGAGCUGCCCGGGAAUUAUAAUGCGGCGCUUUUAGCUGAACUAUUCCGAGAGCAGUCGAUUCAGUGGCCUGAUAUUUCUGAAUCCCAUCUUCACGAUAUUUUGAAGACUGUGGCUCAAUGGAUUCAGAUCGCAGUGGAACGGCUAAUUCCCGAUGACAGCAUGCGUGACCAAGUUCAUACGAUAUUAAAAGACUGGCUGGAGAAUGCAGAAACGAAUGCAUUGGGAGAGCUAGGAAAAUUGAUUGAAGACGAGCAACGCACCCCCUUGACUUACAACCAUUACUAUACAGACAACGUCCAGAAAGCUCGAGUGGACAUUGAGAAGAAAGCUAUGGAGAAAGUUCUCCGUGCAGAGUUGGAGAACCACGGAUAUUCUUUAAGAGACGGCAGCUUCUCUGUUGCUAAAGAGAAAUUGAUUGCUGCAAUUGGGUCUAAUGUCACGGUGGACAUGGAUGAACAGGCGUGCAAUAACGCUAUUUUAGAGCUUCGGUCAUACUACAAGGUCGCAAUGAAGACGUUUGUUGAUAACGUCGCUCGGCAAGUCAUCGAGCGCCACAUCAUGGCACCACUCCCAAGUGCUUUCUGUCCGAAUUCCGUAUCCCAGCUUUCAGAUGAAGACUUGGUCCAAAUCGGCUCUGAGUCGGAGAAACAAAUUGCGAGACGGGCAAAGUUGACUGCGGAGGCUCAAGGCUUGAAGAAAAGUCUGAGAGAUUUGCAGAAGCCAGUUUGA